GUGCUGUUCUCGAAGUAACGAGCGAAAGUCGAAAGUGUGACUCAUGGUUAUCAUCUAUCUCCGCAGAUGUAUAUGUAGUACAUGUGCGUGUAUACACGACGAGAGAGACGAUUACGACGAUUUACACGCGCCAUCGUUCGCCGCCAGUCCUUGGUUUCGCGCAUCUUUAUAUUAUAUCAAAGAGUUCGUAUCUCAUCGAUUUUUGAUGCGGUCUGCGAAAAUGUUGGAGGUUUCAAAUACUCAAUAAACUUGUCAUUCACAAAUCUAGUCAGUUUUCUCAAGUACGUGAAAGUCAGAAGAGACACAAUGAGUAAAAAGAAGACCAUGGCAAUCGACUUCCAAGACAACAUGAUUCUGCUCACGCGGAAGUACUUGAAGCGCAGAAUAAUGUGUCCCGAAACGAAAUUCAGGCAUCACGUUAAAGAACGGCUGCACGUGUUGGAACUGGUGAAACAAACUGUGGAAUUAGGCGAGAGCAAUUCCGCCUUGUUAAUCGGACCUAGAGGCAGCGGAAAAACUACGCUCGUUAACAGUAUCUUAAAGGAACUGUCAGCUUUAAAAAGCUUCAAAGACAACGCGAUGAUAGUGAAUCUCAAUGGAUUGGUUCACACUGACGACCGUUUGGCACUGAAAGAUCUAACUCGUCAGAUGCAGUUGGAAAAUGUGGUCGGUGACAAAGUUUUUGGCACGUUUGCAGAAAAUCUGAGCUUUCUCUUGGAUUGUUUGAAAUCUGGCGACAAGAAGCGUUCCAAACCAGUCAUCUUCGUACUUGACGAGUUCGAUCUGUUCUGUGGACAUCACAAUCAGACAUUGUUGUACAAUCUGUUUGAUGUCGCACAAUCUGCACAGGUGCCAAUAUGUGUACUAGGAGUAACUUGUAGAUUGGACGUCGUAGAAUUGUUGGAGAAAAGAGUCAAGUCAAGAUACUCUCAUCGCCAGAUAUUCUUGUUUCCCGGCGAUACGUCAUCCUCGGAACAAUCCGCGUUCGAUGACCGACUCGAACUUUUUUGUGAUCUUCUUAGUUUACCUAACGACGAGAAUGUAAAUAAAGUAGAACAGGAAUACGAGGACUGCACGAUAGAUCCGCAAUUUGGAUCCAAGUGGAAUGAGUACGUUAAAGGUUUAGUUGACAAUCCUACGAUAGUGAACUUACUCAAGAAAAUGUAUUACGUCGACGUGAGCGAGCGAAGCUUCAGAAAUUUCCUCGCGGUGGUCGUCUCGACGUUGUCCGAGAAGCAUCAGAAAUUGGAGGCGAACGAUUUCGUAGAAGCGAGUAAACUCUUCUCCCAAGAUGACAGAUUACUGAUGCUCGAGGGAUUAUCUAUUUUAGAAAUAUGUCUAAUAAUAGCAAUGAAACACGAAACAGAGAUUUUCGAUGGCGAGCCGCUGAAUUUUGAGGCGGUUUACAACCGUUACGUUAAAUUUGUGAAUCAGCACUCCUCCAUACAGUCUGUUCAGCGACCAGUUAUCAUGAAAGCCUUCGAACACAUUAAGAAUUUAGAGAUCUUGAUACCAGUCGGAAGUACACACGCGAAAUUCGAAAAGGAAUAUCAGUAUUACAAAUUCACAUUAACAUCACAGCAAGUUAUGGAAGCUCUGAAAAACUAUCCAAGUCUUCCCACGGAAGUUUCUCAAUGGGCGUCAAGCAGUAUAUAAAAUAUACACGUACAUAGCCACG